AUGCUCAGAGUCGCAUCAUGGGGCUCUGUCUUCUACUUGAUCACCACCGAUAUCUUGGGCCCAACUUCCGCCCCAUAUGCCAUCGCACAGUUGGGGUACGUCCCCGGCGCUCUCUUGUACUUCCUUUUCGGUAUCGCCGCAGCAUACUGUGGCUGCCUUCUUUGGAAGCAGUACUUAUACUUGGACUCCAUCAAAUAUCCUUUGAGAAACUACGGUGACAUUGUCGGCCGUAUCUACGGUCAAUACACCCGUUAUUUCAUUGAUUUCUUCCAAUCUGUCCAAUUGUUCUGUAACGUUGCCGUCAUCAUCUUGGGUAACGGUCAAGGUCUUUCUCAGAUUGCAAAGGGUAAAGGUUGCUACACUAUACUCAUUUUCGUCUGGGCCAUCGCAGGUGCCAUUGUUGGUCAAAUCAGAAGUUUGGCCAAGUUUGGUUUCUUGGCUAAUGCCGCCAUCUGGAUGAACGUCUUUGUCAUCGUCGCCACGAUGGCUUGCGUCUCUGUCUCCCUUCCAAACUACGUUGCCGCAGCAGGUACUGGCCAUAUUGUCGAAGGCCCUGUUAUAACACAUGUCGUCAUCAGCGGUGCUGGCGACCAAUUCCAAAGUCAACUUAACGCUUGUAUGAACAUCGUCUACUCGUACGGUGGUGCUCUCGUCUUUAUCGAAUUCAUGGCUGAAAUGAAGCGUCCUUGGGAUUUCUGGAAGGGUAUGGCUUGUGCUCAACUGUUCAUCUUCACCGUCUACUUGAUCUUCGCCAUGGUUGUCUACCACUACCAAGGUCAAUUCGUCAUCAACCCUGCCAACCAAGGUAUUUCCACCUACAGUUGGCAAACAACUACCAACGUGGUCAAUUUAGUUUCUGCCUUGAUUGCAGCUGGUCUAUACGGUAACGUUGGUAUCAAGUGUUUCUACACCAGUGUCUUCCAAAGAUUCUUCAACUGGCCAGCACUUACCUCGAAGUUCGGCCGUAUCAUCUGGACCGUUUUUGUCUGCGUCUACUGGGCUAUCGCCUUUGUUUUUGCUGCAGCCAUCCCAAACUUCUCCUCCCUUGUCUCCUUGAUCGGUGCAGUCUGUAUCUUACAAUUCUCCUACACUUUCCCAUUCAUCAUGCAAUUCGGUUUUGACAUACAAGUCGGCGCUUUGACUGGAGACGGUGAGUACGAUCCUGUGAACAAAAUCACUCACAGAGUCGACUCAUGGAAAGACUGGUCCAGAUGGGCUAGAGGUUACAAGCAAAAAUGGUUUGCCAACACUUGUCAUCUCAUUCUAUUCUUUGCCUCCGCAGCAACAGCAGCUUUGGGUAUCUACUCUUCAUCGAUGUCUUUGAAAAAGGCCUUUGCUGAUGGUACUACUACUUCCUUCACCUGUAAGUCCCCUAUUGCUUGA